GCUUCCAAAAGCAAAAUGUGUGGGGAGACAAGAUACAACAAAGACAAGAUACUGCAAGGUCAAGGAGUGGAUGAGCCCCUUUCUGAUACUGGUUUCAGACAGGCAGAUGCUGCUGGUGUAUUUCUCAGUAAUAUGAAAUUUACCCAUGUAUUUUCAAGUGACCUCCUUCGAGCAAAGCAGACUGCUGCCACAAUUAUAGGAAAAAAUAAGUUUUGCAAAGACUUGGAAAUCAAGUAUGAUGCAAGACUUCGAGAGAGAAAGUAUGGCAUUGCAGAAGGAAGGCCUUUGACUGACCUGAAGGCAAUGGCAAAGGCCGCUGGAGAACAAUGUCCUUCAUUCACACCUUCUGGAGGAGAAACACUGAAUGAAGUGAGAGAACGUGCAAGGGAUUUCUUUGAAUUUCUGUGUCAGCUAGCUGUUGAAGCAGGACAGAACAAACAAGAGACACAUAGUGCAGCAAGCAACAGUUUAGGAAGAUCUGAAGUACAGUCAGUUUUCCCCUGGACAGACCACUGCGGUGAACCAGAACUUAACUCUGAUUACAGUGGAGCUUCUAAACAAUUAGAUGCCAAUAUAUUAGUGGUGAGUCAUGGGGCAUACAUGAGAAAUUGGUUUGUCUAUUUUGUUUCAGAUCUCAAAUGUACUUUGCCAAAAACUUUAACAAAGUCUCAGUUGUCUUCUGUGAGUCCCAAUACAGGAGUUAGUCACUUUGUUAUAGAACUUGAUAAGGAAAAAAUAUUAAGGCCUGAAAUCAACUGCAUUUGUCUUAAUCAGGACUCUCAUUUAGUGGAUGUGAGUGCUGAAUGUGCAACUUCAAAAAUGUUUUAAGAGCUCUUAGAAGGGAAGGGAUUUUUAGAUAGUCACUCUACAAGGUCAGGAAGGUUUAGUAAUUAAUGGAAUUGGCUGGAGUUAUUGCCACUACACUUCAAAACUGGAGAACUGCUAGUACUUACCACCUUAAAAUAAUAUACAACUUGCAUGAUUCUAGUAUCUGCUGUAAGUUGACACUGGAGAAAUGGCACAAAUAUCCUGUAUGAAAGAUAAUGCUUCUGUUCAGUCACUUGCAUACAUGGUCCUGCAGUGCAUAUUAAAGUUUUUACCAUUAGCCCAUUUUUUGUGUGUUUUCCAUUUAUAAGAGUUGGGGAGUAAGAGUGAGGGAGAAUGGUACUUGGAAAAAUGAGGUAUACUGUAUUCUUGUUUCAUUACCAAAUACUAUAUUGUGGUAAUAAACAUGUUUUUUAAACAACAACUUUUUUGAAUUCAGUAAUAUAAUUUGAACACCACUGUUUAGUGCAAAAGCUUGUUUUAAGCAGUGUUUCUGGCUCUGCCACUGAAGAGCUGUGAGAUGCUGGACCAGGUUACAUCUACAUUUGUAAAGUGUGCCUACCUCAUAGGACUGUUUAGGAUGAAUUUCUUUAAGUGUUGGGACCUGCUAAAAAGUACUAUACAAAGCAACCAAGUAUUGCUUGUAAGGCAAGAUGCUUGUAAUGCAGAUAUAUGGAAUAUCUGCAUUAUAUCUGCAUAUAAUGGAUAUAUGCUUGUAAUGCAGAUGCUUGUAAUGCAGAUAUAGCUGAAAUAAUGGUCUCUAGGUUUAAAAGUGAUCUUAUCAGUAUAAUAAAUUGUUUCCCACCUAGAAUCCUAUUAAUUGCAGUCAUUAUAGGAGCAUUUAAUCUGAGGGUAUAGGCAAGAUUGUAUGCUUGGUGAUUUCUUAUAUAACUGUUAGCACUAUUUUCCUUCCACACUGGGAUGUUUGUAGUGUUACUGUAUGUGCUUAUCUGACUUGUGUUAUUUAUAAUUUCCAAAUAAACUGUCUCCAUUUACAUAAUUUAAGCCUGUAAAUAAAAGUUAUUAAAGGGUCCUGUAUAGAACUCCAUUUCGUCUGUAUUUCCUUUGAGGCAAAACAAAGAAAAAAAACUGUUAAUAUCACUCUACAGAGCCUUGCCCAGUUCAUAGUUUCUGAUUUUUACAAAAGAGAAAGGACAUUUGGUGAAAGAGUACCUUGUAUUUGUGAAAGGCUAAUUAUGGAUCAGUGCUUUCCUAACUACUUAAGAGAACCUCAACUGUUAAGCACAAACUUAAAUUACCUCUGUCUGCACCAAAUUUACUAGUUAACUGCACUUUCAUGUGUAUUUGAAAUUGUCCGGCUUUCUUGCCAUGGUGCAGGGUCUUGAAUUUUGAUAAGGGAGAAGUUGACAUUAUUUCUGUAAACAAGUAGCUGUACUUAAUUGUAAUUCUGUUUAAAAGUAACAAAAAUGUUUUAAAUGUUCUGUACCUUGCUUCUAUUCCUGUGACUGAUUCAACAGGGAGCCUCUCUUGAUUUGAACACUG